AUGAAUGAACCCAUGGAUAUUGAUCUUCCUCUUGACGAGAUCAUCGCCAAGAAGCGUACCGAACAACGUGCCAGCAAGAGAAUUGAUCGUAAAAUCAACCCCUACAGUAGACCACAGCCGAUUACGAAACAAGUGGUUCCCUCCACAGCUGCCAUCAGAGAUGUGAAGUCUGGCAUGUCGCUUUCAAACUUGCCGAUCAAAACCACCUACAACGUCCAGUCUUUUCCAUCUGUCGCUAACCCACCUCUCAAUCCCACUCCACGAAACCUUGAACGUCCUUGCAGAGAGCUGUCAGCUGGCAUCUUCUCGAAAGAUGUCACUCCGGCUCAAAUACGAGACUUGAUUCAAUCUACUGUCGGUCCAGUGCAGGAAUUGAGGUUGGAUGAUAAGGGUAUCGCUUGGAUUAGGAUGCUUAGAUGGCAAGGAUGGGAGGUAUACACUUUCCUCAAUGGUGAAAUUUCAGACGGUACUCGAAGAAUCACUGUUAGAGUUUAUCCGCUUCCACGAAUACCGCUUGGCUCCAUAGGCGCGAAUUAUAAUCGACGUAAAGCUCGUUGA